AGCUCUCACAUCAUUUCAACAGCAAGGAAGGCUAGGUUAGAGCGAUAACAGUGCUGAGGACAGCACGUCACCCAGCAAGAGCAGUGAAAGUGUACUGGAGGAUUACAGCUGUUCCACAUGACUGGACAAAGAAAAAGUACGAUGAAAUUGCUUUGCUCGAUGCUGCUGCUGGCUACAAUCACCGCUGCCAUCCCGGUGCAGGAGCAACCGACUCAGGCAUCCCAGACUGUUAUCACAGAACCAAGCCCAACUGAGGCAAAGUCUCGCUUUGCCAUGCUGGAUGACGUCCGCCUUCUCGCCAACGGUCUACUUCAGCUUGGACAGAGUUUGCGGGAGUUUGUCCACAAGACCAAGGCCCAAAUCAAUGACAUUUUUCAAAAGUUGAACAUUUUCGACCGCUCCUUCUACCAGCUCUCCGUGGUCACCUCCGAGAUCAAAGAGGAAGAGGAGGAGCUGAAGAAGACCACCACUUUCCUAAAGGCCAACAAUGAGGAGAUCAAGAACCUGUCUCUGGAAAUUAACUCCAAAAUCAACAGCAUCCUGCAAGAUCGUAUACAACUGCAGAGCAAGGUGGGGAACCUGGAGGAGAGGCUGAAAGGACUGUCCCAAAGCACGGCCCCUGCUGACCAGCACAGCGAAAUCACAGAACUCAAGGAGGUGAUUGAAUCUCAAGACAAAACAAUCAGUAACCUGCUGAAAGCUGUGAGGGAGCAGCACGAACAACUCGACUACCAGAAAGUUAAGAUUAAAAACCUGGAGGAAAAGCUAAGCUACGACAGUUUCCAGGAUACAGCAAAUAAGGCAACUGAUUCAGACCCUGAGGCUCCAGAUAUGUUUGAGUAUCUGACAGGAAACUCAACUGGCCUCAACAUAAAUGACCUGCCAAAGGACUGCAGUGAGCUGUUUAACAAAGGAGACACACACAGUGGCAUUUAUGUUAUCAAGCCAAACGACUCAGAGCCAUUCAACGUUUACUGCGACAUGGGCUCAGGAUUGACUGUCAUCCAACACAGAGUUUAUGGUUCAGUGGAUUUUGACCAGACGUGGAACAAGUACCAGAAAGGAUUCGGGGAUUUGGAAAAAGACUUCUGGCUGGGCCUAAAGAAGAUCUACAGUAUUGCACAGCAGGGUGUCUACAUUUUACGUAUCGAUUUAGAGGACUCGAAGGAGGAGAAGCACUGGGCUGAGUACCAUUUCUCACUGGAAGGUCCCUCCAAGGACUACACCCUGCAUGUCACUCAUUACUCCGGUGAUCUGCCUGAUGCAAUGACAAGUAGCACCGGAAUGAAGUUCUCCACAAAAGACAGAAAUGAAAACAACCAAAACCCCAACUGUUCCCGCAGUUACACAGGUGGCUGGUGGUUCAGUGGAUGUGGAGACAACAACCUUAAUGGAAGAUAUUUGUGGCUGAGGACAAGAGGACGUUCCAUGAGGAGGAAAGGCAUUCACUGGAAGCCGAGCAUGGGGCCCUCAAGUUUCCUCAAGAUGACCAAGAUCACCAUGCGACCAGCUCUAAAUGCUGAAUCACUCAACUGAACUGAAAACCGUCUCUAAACCACUAGCAUUUAUCAAAGACAAUGAUAGUAUCUAACGCUCAGCCAAACAGUUCUAUAGACAAGGAAAGUGAAGUAAACACAGGCAUUAUGUGUCUGUCUCAUCCGAGUUCUUUAUCUGCAACACGAAAUUGGGAGCACAGUUUUGUCUGACACUCGAACAAGGUUCAAAAACGUUAGAAGUCAUAGAAUGCUGAACUGUAGCGGUGAUGUAACCAAGCAAUGCAGGUUGUGAACCCAAAGGCUUUGAUCCGGUACCUCAGAAGAAUUGAGGUUAUGCAAUGUCUGCAAUUGCUUGCGCAAUGGACGUAUUGAUCUACAUCAGCGGACCGAUUCAGCGCUGGCAGCAAAAUGUCACAGUGCCACAUCCUGAGAGAAAGCUGUCGACAGAGAGCGUGGUGCAUAUUACAAAGUCAGACUGCUUAUCUCUGCAUGCAGGAAACUUUUGGCAGGUUCCAUGUCUGGUUUGAUGUUUUUUAAAAACGCAUUGUAUCCUUGAUGUGAAACUAAUUUUCUGCAAUAAGGUUUUUUUCCUCCAAUUGUAUUUUACAUAGCUUCAGUCCUAGUUUAAUGUAAAUAUAGAUAAUGUGACUACAAACAUGAUGCUACACUUUGACAGCAGUUUUUUUGUUGGUUGUUUUUUUUACUCCGUAACGUAUUUAAGCCAUGUUCACACUUUUAUAUGAUAUAUGCUGUUACUGUUAAAAAUGCAGAAUUUCAGUCCAUUUCCGGUUACCGAGUCAUAUUGACUCACUUAAAAUAACUGCACUGUAGAUGCUCCUCACACUAACAUCAACCUGUUCAAAUAAAUCAUAUUUAAGACAAUAAUAAAAUAACAGAGUUAUUCCUAUUUGAAUUUUGUACCUUUGACAUGAACCAAGUAAAGGUUUGCCUUCAUCAGAUUAAUUCCCAUUUUGAAAGCUCGGGACUUGUAUCUUACUACACAUUAAUGCAAAGCUGCUUGAUUGUGUUUAGCUUGUCGAUUCCUUUUUCAAAAAGUUACUUAAAUAAAUCAUUGCAUAAAAUAUAAUAGUGGUAACAUUAUGACUUGCUUUAACCCACUUCCCUAUUGUGGAUCACAGGGUCUGGCAUUAGUUUACCUGCAAUGUAAAAAGGCACCUUUUAUUUGCAGACAAACAAGGUCUGUAACCACAAGGCCAUGUCACCACUAAUCUUUGGCAAUAAGAACAUUACCCACAAUGACCUUGACAAAAAUAGCUGUCAGUUUGUUGAAAUAUGUCCAUGGAAGACUGGCAGACAUGAGGAUAAAGGGAUAAAAGUUAAUUUUUCACACUUAAAAAGAUUUUUCUCUACCUGUAUGUGGUGUUUGGCACAUAAACGUCCCUGGCAGGAAACUCCAGGAUCUCUCUGGUGGGGCGUACCCUGCUGUCUGGGUAAGGUUUAACCUGCACUAGGUCAGGGGUCAAGCAAUAGUGGGGGUUCUCUGGAGCUGGAGAAAUGUCCAAUUUCAACUGGGCUGUGGUGAGGUGAACAAGAAAAGUGUGGAUCAGUUAUGAUGCAAUAACUACAAAUAAGAUCAACAAAAUCAAUAGAAUACAACAAUAGUUGUACCUGUUAUGGGUCUGAGUCUUCUCAAAACUGAAGAAGGUCUUCUCAUAUCUGCUAGGAACUUAUACAAGUCCUCAUCACUCAGCCGGUCCCCCUCCUAUGACACACAUGUUUUAGUAAUUUGUCUGUAAAUGUAAAAUAAAUAUAAUAAAGUGUUUCCAAAGUG